AAACCGGAAUAAUAGGGAGCAAGUGACCAUCGAGGUCACGAGGAUAUAAUCCUUGUAGCUGAUGAAGAAAGUCAGUUAACUAUGCAAAAUAGACUUCAGUGACUAGACAUUAUUGCACAAAAAACAACUUUUAUUGUCGUUGGACAUUUUGUUCGUCAAGGAAGAUGUCUCAAGAAACUAGUUCAUCUGAAGAACAAAAUGGAAAGGUCACUCGGAUUAUUCGCAUUGGAACCAGAAAAAGCCAGCUGGCUCGGAUUCAGACAGACAGCGUGGCCGAAACCCUCAAAGAGCUCUAUCCAGAAUUGCAGCUAGAGAUAGUUGCCAUGUCAACAGUCGGAGAUAAAAUCCUUGACACUGCCUUAUCAAAGAUUGGAGAGAAGAGCCUGUUUACCAAAGAGCUGGAGAAUGCCCUUGAGAGGAACGAGGUGGAUCUUGUUGUGCACUCUCUAAAAGACCUUCCUACCUCACUGCCUCCUGGUUUUACCAUCGGCGCUGUUCUUCAGCGUGAAAAUCCUCAUGAUGCUGUAGUGCUUCAUCCAAAGAAUGCUGGACUCACUCUGGACACCCUGCCAGAAAAGAGUGUGAUUGGCACAAGCUCGCUCCGUCGAGCUGCACAGCUGAAAAAAAGGUUCCCACAGCUGGAAUUUGAAAACAUUAGAGGCAACCUGAAUACGCGUCUGAAGAAGCUUGAUGAAAAGGACGACUACGCUGCCAUCGUUCUGGCUGCGGCCGGUCUCAAGCGCAUGGGCUGGGACAACCGUAUCAAUCAGGUUCUGGGUCCUGAAGACUGCAUGUAUGCUGUAGGCCAAGGAGCGUUGGCGGUGGAGGUAAGGGCAAAAGACAUCGACAUCCUCAAGAUGGUCUCCAUCCUUCAUCACCCUGACACUGUGCUGCGGUGCAUUUCUGAGAGAGCUUUCCUCAAGCAGCUGGAGGGAGGCUGCAGUGUGCCUGUCGCUGUCCACACAGAAGUGAAGAACUCUGUGCUCUAUUUGACAGGUGCAGUUUACAGUCUGGAUGGGGCUGACUGCUUAAAGGACACCAUGCAAACCAACAUCAAAUUAGACAGUGCGGUAAAUGAUGGCCAAGAAAUGCGUGCUCAUGUCGCCGUCACUGCCAACAACAUAUCCCUGAUGGCUCUGGACGCUGCAGAGAAGCUGGGUGUUGAUCUUGCCAACUUGCUGCUCAGUAAAGGAGCCAAGGACAUCCUUACCACGGCUAGACAGCUCAACGAUGCCCGAUAACAGCCACCAGCCAACCCUGAUCCACAUGAUAACCUUAGCACUGCCAACGUGACAAAUAAAAGCAUGCAUGCAUAUUCAAAGAAGGUCAUGGGUAUAAACAGUGAUUUUAAAUAGAUGUAACAGAAUGAUUGUAUGCCUCUGGUUAACGGUGUCCUCACAACAUUUUUUUUUUCCAUCAUUGAUGAUUAGAUACAUUCUCAGUACUUUCACAGUCAAAGAACCAACCAUGUACAUGCUGACUUUUUCAUUACCAUAUCAAGUAACUUUAACUCAGGUGCACUCAGGGGAAAAAAAAAGGUUUUUAGGUUAGUUAAGACUUCCUAAACAGGGUUUUUACAUGUGACCUCUUUAUCUAAAAUGUGUAUACCUGUACUUGGUGCUCAGCAGAUCUGAGGUUUAAUAUUGUGUUGCAACCAUAAAUAUAUAAAGAAAUAUAAGUUUUAGUCAGGUUGCACAUUUAGUCAUUAAGCAGUUUGCAAAUUACUUUAUUAUCUUAUAUGCUUAUAUUGUCAGGUUUAUAUUCUCCUCAACCUAUAUGUUGGAUCUUCAUUUCAGGGAUACUUGGUGCCAUUUAAUUUUUGGGCCUUAAGUAUUCACUGCUGCCCGUUAAAGAGCCCUGGCACAGAUUAAAGAUGCCCAAAUUUUCAGUGGGUUAAAGGAAUAAUUCAUUUAAACAUGAACAAAUUUUCUGUUUUUAAGCCAAGAAGCUUUGGUGUUUAAAGUUUGCUGCUUCUUUUUUUGUACCAUAUCUCAGCCAUCACACCUGUACAUGCAUUUAAAAUCAGGCAGAAUUAAUGUGUAUUUUACAAUUUUGAAACUAAGGUUUAGGUCAAGCUCUUAGGCCAUCUUUACCAGCUGGGAAGUUGGUACUAUGUAUCAAUUUAUUACAUCAUGUAAUUUAUUACAUCAUUAUUAAUCAAUACAUAUGUUAGAUUUUUGAAUGUGCCUUACAAAGCAGCUUGUAGCAGUUAUGUAGUAAUAGAAAUUCCCAUUUGGUUUCCUUUCCACCAGCUAGCAAAUGUGGUCCACAUGCUUGACCAAGGCAUUGAUCUGUUUUAGCAGCAUGUUAAGACUCAACAUGACUUGAGUGUACAUUUGAGUCUAGUUUGUAAGCACGAAGAAACAUAAAUUUGGACACUAAACAUGUUUUGCCUGUUUUAGCCAUGUAAAUGCACAAAUCAGACUUUCUCAAAUCUGCUACUUCACUCCAGUGUUGUAAUGUGUGAUCAGGAAGAGAAGUGUACAUGGCUGUAAUGCUCUCAGUGUAAAAUCUGAGACUCCCUGUUCAAUACUGAAUCAUUUAUGGGCUGGGUCUAAUGCCAGUAAGCUGUUUUAGUGCCUGAAACGUGCCUUAACGUUAUAAUGCACCAUGUGACGUAUAAAUAAAAUGUUGAAAUUAAA